UUGUUUUGUUUUGUACUGUCUUGGAAUGUUAAGUCUUACUGAAAAUCCCCUAGUGGUGUCAAGGGUGUAUCUCACCCCAGCCAAUUUCUAGGUCCCUGAGUGGUUACAAUGGCCAUACAGGUCUGUCCCUCCAUCCUGGGUGUAUGUCCUGACGACCUCAGGCUGUAGCUGCGCUUCCUGCCUCCAAGAUCAGCACACCUGUGUCUCUUGGGCCCAAGAGGGCUCCCAACCUCUGUAAACUUCCCAGACUGAAUUAUGAAGCUCAGAGACAGAACCCCCCUCAGCAUGAGUGGGGCAGCUCAGUUCAGUCCCUGGAACCUGUGGUCUGGGCUCCCUACCAACAUGUCUGUCUGUCUGUCUGUCCUUAUACUAUUCUUCAGCACUGCUCUCCUCUAUACCCCAGGUAGGUAGAAGUAGUAAGCCAGUCUGUGUGCUCUGCAGAGCUAGUCCCACCAAGCCAUGCCGAACUGUGCUUAGCUAGAGCCCUGGGGUUAGUGCAGGAGGCCCAACACCCUGGGAAACCUGCCCUCGGGCAGGAUGGUACUUGGAUCGGUCUAAAAAAAUCAUCGAACCAGUAACAGGAAUGGUGGCUAACACUUGUAACCCCAGCACCCAGGAGGCCGGGGUUGUCGGAGACUUCUCCCUGGAAGAGACAUGAAUUAUACUGUAAGGUCCUGUCCCUGAUCUCAAGGCUCUCUCUGUCCAGCUGGGACCUUGCAAAAACUCAGCCAUACCUGGCACCUGCUUCCACCCAGCUCUUCCUAAGGCUUUCAGCUGUGUGUCCUCUGGUAGCUUCUCCCUAUCCUUCGCUAUUUCCUUGGCAGCCUCUUCCUCCGAGCAGGCCCUCCAGCCUCACUCAGUCUCCUUCCAGGUCCCCUGUGCUCCCGGUCUGUGACCUCCUUGCCCCUUCCUCCACAGUAGCAGUGCAUGGAGCCACUACUGGCAUAAGCGGGGAAGGGGGUACUACUAAACAUGCACAAGAUCUAGCUGCAGGCCUCCUAGGAACACAGCAUCAGCCCCUCCCAAGAUGGAAACUCCUCCCCCAUGCAGUCAGUCCCUUCUGGGGCCGAGGGUGGGGUGAGGCCACUGCCACUACCUCCGGUGACCUCAUUGCCAGCUGGCAUUAUGAUGUCACUGGCCUAGCAUUCUGAGUUGAGUUCCCGCAUGUGUAUCUCUAAGCCUCCAGGUGGGGCACUCCCCUGGGGGCCGGUGACAGCUCACCCCUGACCACGAAGAGGUGACAGGCAUGGUAACAAUUUGGUGGGAGGGCAGGAGUAUAACUGAGCUGCUUUGCCUUGGGCUGUUCUGUUAUUGCCCAAAUAGAACAAAGGCGGUCAGAGAGCAGGUGACCAGCACUUAGCUCUGGGUUCAAGUUCUACCACUGCAAGGCACUAGCUGUUGACAUCAAGCCAGCAGCCUGAACUUUUGUGAACCUUGUUCUCUUCUUUUCUGAAGCUGGUUGAAGUUCCUGUCUCAUGGUUACUAUCCUAACAUGAAGCACACACACCGCAGCACAGAAGUUGCUCAAUAAGUGUGAGCAGCUAGCGAGGGGUUCGUAGUUAAACUCUAGUUGGGUUUGAAGAGAGCAAGGUCUGCCUGCAGAGGGUAGAGACAGGAGUAACCCCUGCGCUAGCAGAUGCUCUCAUCUCUGACUUCCCUUCCAACAGCCAAGGUCUCAACCUCCAUGGCCUGCUGUGACCGCAGGCCCUCCUUCCAUCUCUUCUUCCUGAGCUCAGGUUAGACACGGCCUCAUCAGGUGUCCCCGAUUCUCACUCUUGGGCUCCUCCCUCUAUGAUGGGCUCUGUCAUUCCCAUCCCUGAUCCCCUAAUAAAACCCUCUGACCUCCAAUCACGACUCUGCUGCAUCCCACCAGGUCUCUGACCCAUUCCCGAGUUCUAUUGUCAGCGUUCUCUGACCUUAACCACCUGUCUCCCUCUCAGGCCCAGCUCUCGGGACUGGUUCCUUCGCCCCUAGGCCCUAUCCCCACCCGUCAGCCCCUGGUCCCAGCUCCAGGCCGCCGGGCUCCUGCCUGGACAAAGGGGUCCUUUGUGGGCUGACCGCGGCUGGCGGGGCGGCGGGGCGCUGGCUCCGCAUUGCUGAUGAAACGGAGCCCUUUGUUGUCCCCUCCUCAGGCGCAGUAUUUCUUUUUGGGGGCUGGAUGCGUUCCUGGCAGGGCGGAUGAUGGAUGCGCCCGCCGCUGCCGCCUGCCUGCCCGCCAGCUUUCCCUCCCGCUCAUUCCCGCUCCGCUUCAACGCAACCCCAGCUCUCUUCCCCUGCUGCCUGGGUAUUGCCAGGCCCUUCCUGGCCUGGGAGGGGUUGCUAUGUGCCCUGCUGUAAAAGGCAGGGGCCUAGGAAAAUGUCCCUUCUGUUUUCUCCUCCUGUGAGUAGGUUAUAUGGGGGCCUGUAGUCUCAGGGGUCCAUAGGGACCAGGGAGGACAUCAGCCUUUCCCUAGGUCUGAAGGGGAUAACACAGCCACAAAGGCAGGUUUAGAAGAAGCUUGGGGACUAGGCCUAAGCCACGAAGACUAGUUUUGCAUAUCUGCUGUCUGAGGGCUGUCGCCCCUGUGGCCAGGCCCUGUCCGUAUCCUCCCUCCCCCACCUUCAGUUUCCAGGGUUGACAGACCACAGUGUUCUGCCUGCAGCACCUGUUCGGUGACAUAUCACGUUUUCUGUCCCAGGCUCAGUAUGCCUUAGGACCUGGGGGACUGAGAGCAGGUGGUCCCUGGGAGAACCGAAGUGAGAGAUGAGGAAAAUUCUAGGAGGGGACCAGAGAUGAACGGAACACAAGGCCUGUUCGCAACAUACAAAGACUGGGGAUGGGGACAAAAGCAGGAGCUCAGCCUGAGCAAAGUACAGACGUUCCCACGCGGACACCUGACCAUGUGCCUGCCCUGAGUGAGCCCCACCAGACGUCUCGAUUGUGGGCAACAGGGCUACACACUCAUCUGUGAGCCCCCAGCAGUUUGCAGGCUCUCCCAGCAGUGGGGUCUGGGCCUCGGCCCCACCAUGUCGAGCCUCGGCGGUGGCUCCCAGGACACCGGUGGCAGUAGCAGUAGCAGCGGCAACAGCAGCACCAAUGGCAGCAGUGGCAGUGGCCCAAAGGCAGGAGGAACAGACAAAAGUACCGCAGUGGCUGGGACCGCACCAACCUCAGUGGCAGAUGAUGCCCCGCCCCCUGAGCGCCGGAACAAGAGUGGCAUCAUCAGCGAACCCCUCAACAAGAGCCUGCGUCGGUCCCGCCCACUCUCCCACUACUCUUCCUUUGGUAGCAGUGGUGGCAGCGGAAGCAUGAUAGGGGGGGAGUCUGCUGACAAGGCAGCCGCAGCUGCAGCCGCAGCCUCCCUAUUGGCCAAUGGUCAUGACCUGGCUGCGGCCAUGGCCAUGGACAAAAGCAACCCUACCUCAAAGCACAAAAGCGGUGCUGUGGCCAGCCUGCUGAGCAAGGCGGAGCGGGCCACGGAGCUGGCAGCCGAGGGACAGCUGACGCUGCAGCAGUUCGCACAGUCCACGGAGAUGCUAAAGCGCGUGGUGCAGGAACACCUGCCCCUGAUGAGCGAGGCGGGUGCUGGCCUGCCUGACAUGGAGGCUGUGGCUGGUGCCGAGGCCCUCAACGGCCAGUCCGACUUCCCCUAUCUGGGCGCGUUCCCCAUCAACCCAGGCCUCUUCAUCAUGACCCCAGCUGGUGUGUUCCUGGCUGAGAGUGCUCUGCACAUGGCCGGCCUGGCCGAGUACCCCAUGCAGGGAGAGCUGGCUUCCGCCAUCAGCUCAGGCAAGAAGAAGCGGAAACGCUGCGGCAUGUGUGCGCCCUGCCGGCGGCGCAUCAACUGCGAGCAAUGCAGCAGUUGUAGGAACCGAAAGACUGGCCAUCAGAUUUGCAAAUUCAGAAAGUGUGAGGAACUCAAAAAGAAGCCUUCCGCUGCUUUGGAGAAGGUGAUGCUUCCGACGGGAGCCGCCUUCCGGUGGUUUCAGUGACGGCCGGGAACCCAAAGCUGCCCUCUCCGUGCAAUGUCACUGCUCGCGUGGUCUCCGGCAAGGGAUUCGGGCGAAGACAAACGGAUACACCCGUCUUUAGAACCAAAAAUAUUCUCUCACAGAUUUCAUUCCUGUUUUUAUAUAUAUAUUUUUUUUUUGUUGUCAUUUUAACAUCUCCACGUCCCUAGUAUAAAAAGAAAAAAAUUUAACUGCUUUUUCAGAAGAAGAACAACAAAAGAGGUAAAGCGAAUCUGCAAAGUACCGAGACUUCCUGGGCAAAGAAUGGACAAUCAGUCUCCUUCCUGUGUCCGUGUCAAUGUUGUCUGUGCAGGAGAUGCCGUUUUUGUGUAGAGAAUGUAAAUUUUCUGUAACCUUUUGCAAUCUAGUUACUAAUAAGCACUACUGUAAUUUAGCACAGUUUAACUCCACUCUCGUUUUAAACUUCCUUUGAUUCUUUCCAACCAUGAAAUAGUGCAUAGUUUGCCUGGAGAAUCCACUCACGUUUAUAAAGACAGUGCUGAUGGCACCGUGUAGAAGCCCCUCUGUAUCCAUCCACGUGUGCAGAGCUACAGCCAGAGCCUACUGGGACUGGAGUUCCUGUCCCAGGCCCAGCCUUGUUGCACCCACUGUCCCCUGGCUGGGACCCCCUACCCCAACAGUGACAGAUUUUGGAGAGAUGAGGAUUCUAUUCAUUUGUUGAUCCACUAAGAUCUGGGGAGCCCGCAUCUCAAUCCUGGCUACUUCCCCUAGAGAAAACAAGCCCUCUUUUCUCAGCCUUGCUCUCAGCAACAGAAGAAAGGGCUUCUCCGCGGUCCCUCACCUACCUCCCGGUAGGGGUGGGUGCCCAGGGGACUCCCUACCCGUGGCCAGCUCCCUGCUGAGGAACAUGCUGUUUGUAUUGUUUUAGGAGACCAGGCUGUUUUGUGAAUAAAAUUGAAUGCAUGUUUGUGUCCUGA